UGAAUUCAUUCCACUCAUCCGGUUGCACGGUGCACGGCUUCUAUCUCAACGCGGAAGCAAGUGCACGAGGCCUAGCCUUAUCCUUCACCAACGACCGUCGUAGUCCGUUGUUGAAACCGAAUCCGAAUCGAGGGCGGGCACGUCCCCAGAACGCCGUUAGGAUUCACCGUUCAACGUUCCACUCGUUCGAACACGGGAGGAAGCAGCCACUGCAGGCCGCUCAGCAGCAGCAGCAGCAACAGCAGCAGCACUACCCAAAACCGCCGCUGGUUGCCGUUUCUUCUUUCACCAUUCCCGGAAAAAUAGAGAAGAUAGCGGUUCCGUCGUCUGUUGGGUUGCGGAGUGCAUAUCCUACUGGUGGUCCGUUGCUAUCCUCCAAGACGGAAGACCCCAGGCAAACGGGGACAGAGUCUCGUGCCACGGGGAGGGAAAAUCAAAUCCCCCCCGCUAGCCGACGCUGGGUCCCUCCAUCACUGAGACCGCAACAUGGACUCACCGAAGAGGCCAGAAUUGAUUCGAUUUUUCGAAAAGUACGCGGUAUUCUGAAUAAACUAACCCCAGAGAAAUUUCAAAAGCUCAGUGAUGACCUGUUGAAGCUCGACCUAAACUCGUCCAAGAUUUUAAACGGUAUUAUCCUGCUGAUAUUUGACAAAGCUUUAGAUGAACCCAAGUACUCGUCUAUGUACGCACAGCUGUGCAAACGGAUCGAAAAGGAACUAGAGAUCGAUAUCGACAAAACAAAGUCCAGUACCUUCCUGCAAAUAUUGCUGAACGUCUGUCGCGACAAGUUCGAAAACCGUGUCCAGUAUAGUGAGAAGAUCAUCAAUUCAGAACUUGCUCUCACCGAUGAUCUGGAGGAAAAGAAAAAUGUGGCCAAACAGAAGAUACUGGGUAACGUUAAGUUCAUCGGCGAGCUGUAUAAGCUCGACAUGCUCGGCGAACCACAUCUGCACAAGAUGUUGCGCUCGCUCUUCACCAAUAAGUCGGGUGCGACGACGGAGAAAAACUGCGAGGACAUGGAAUGCUUGGCACAGCUCAUCAAGACAUGCGGAAAGAAUCUGGAUACAGAGCUGGGAAAACAGCUGAUGGAUCAGUACUUCGACCGGAUGGAACAGUAUUCCCUGUCGAGCAAGUUUCCACCACGUAUCCGGUUUCUGUUGCGCGAUCUGAUCGAGCUGCGCAAGAACAACUGGACACCGCGAAAGGUGGCCCGCGUGGAAGGACCGGCUCCAAUACAGGAGCUCACAAACGAGGAUGAUCUGGUGCUGCGGCCGCCGUACGGCAGCCGGGGACGCGAUUAUCGUAACUCAGAACGGGGCGAUCAGCGGGACUGGAUCAGCAAGUUCUCGCUGAAUCCACUCAACUUUAACGACAGCUUCAAUCUGCUGAGCGUUUCGAGCCCGUCGCCCCUGAUACCACCAACGUAUUCAAAUUCCCAAAACGGUUACGGCAACCGGGACCAUCGUGAUAAUGGUGGUGGCAGCGGCGGUGGUGGUAACUACCGCAUGCACAACAACCGCGGCGGUGGCGGCCCGAACCAGCAUAAUAGCUACCACGGCAAUGGUGGCAACAAUAACAAUAACAACAACAACAUGCGCUACAACAAGCACAACAAUCAUCAUGGCGGUCGGGGCGAUGGUGGCGGUAAUCAGAACCAUCACCACCAGAACAGUGGUGGAUCGAACAUGCACAAUUCGUCCUACCAAAACCGGGACGGUAUGAUGAACAACAAGGACAUGGCGCCACGAUUCAAACGCAUGAUGCCACAGAACCCGGUCGAGGAUCUUCAGAUGCGUCCGACGCCGAACAGUCUGCUGUUCAAGACGCAGAACAUGAACAUGAAGACGCAGUUGCCGAUUUCGCAAACACCGUCAUCGCAGUCGAGCAAAUCGAGCGGUUAUAGUUCGUCGCAGUUGGGCGAUUUUCCGUCGCCGCUGACAACCCGAACGCUCCUGAGCGAGCAACGUGCAGCGGCUGCCGGUAAUAGUGCCUUUGGGGCAAACACCGGUAACAACGGUUUAUACAACCAAUCACCUUUAUCGUCCGCGAAUAGCAGCGGUGGUCUUGGUUCUGGAGGUACUUCUGCAGGAGGACUCAACAGUGCUGGUGGUCUUAGCAACUCAACGCCAGCUGGUCAGCAGAAUUCCCCAAGAAACCUUAGUCCACUGUCUAGCCAUCAAGUUCCGCAAAGCCGUAGCAAUGCAAACAAUCAACAAUCUCAAUCCAACCAACAGGCAGCUGCCAGUUCAGCAUCUGUCAGCACGCCCAUCAACAAUAUCCUCCAAAAGGAACAGGUCAUUAUUAAACAAGCCUCCUCGGACAAGGCCGAUAAAAAAGGAAAGAAGGACAAGGGCCCCAACAAGGAGGAAUUCAUGAAAAAGGUUUCAGUUUUCGCUUCCGAAGUGUUGCUGGACAACCUAAGGAAGCAAAUCGAGCAGGAGAAAGAGAAAUGCAACGACAAACCGAUCGAGAACGGUGCCGUACAGGUGGUGGUUGAAGUUGUCGAUCAAAAUCCAAACCCGGACACCGUGAACGAGGCCGAUCUAAAAGAGAAGACCGAGGAUGAUAAGUCCUCCGAGAAGGGAGAUGACGGUUCGGAAACGAUGAAAUCUGAAGACGACGAUAAAACGACGACCGAGUCCUUGAUGGACAAACUGGUGUGCGAAUUCUGCGAGCUUAAGGUGCCGGAAAAGUUCAUGCGUGACUCCGUUAUCAAAAUCCUAAACGAAGUGCUAGACAAAGCGGAUCCAUUCCAUGCAAAGAUUAUCGAAUUCCUACAGCGACUACGCAAGCAGAACAAAAUUUCCAACGGUGCCACGCUGGAAUCCUUCAAAGCACUGGUGAACUCCAUGAACGAGAAGGAAAAAACCAUCCCAAAAAUCACCACCAUUGUGGCCUCGCUCCUAUCACGGGCAGUUCCGGUCAAACUGUGCAAACUUUCCGACAUUUCCAACUACACCGACAACGGGCAGCAGUAUCCGCUGUUCCUGCUGGUGCUGCAGCAGUUGCACAAGCAGCUCGGCAAAUCAAAGCUUCAGGAGAUGUUCCAACAGAGCAAGGUGAACCUGAUGAGCAGCCUGCCGGAAAGUGAUCGCACCAAGGACCGAAUGGCGGAAAUUCUCGAGGAUCGCAAUCUAAGCUUCCUAUAUCCGCUGCUGCGGGUACAGGCCGAACUGUGGAAGCAGAUUCAGGCUGACUCAAAUCCGCAGCAGUUCUACAAGUGGAUCAAGGAAAACGUGGAGACCAGCUGCUACACGGAUCCGGGAUUUAUCACUGCGGUGAUGACGGUUUUACUGAAGUACAUCACGCAGGAAUCAUCGAAAUGUGCGGAUGAAAAGCAAGCUUUGGAAAAGGAGAUGGAGACCCUCAAAAAGUACUGCCCGGUAUUGAAUGCGUUCCUCAACGGCAACAACGACUUGCAGUUGAUUGCCAUCUAUGCAAUGCAAGUGUACUGGUAUAGCAUCGAUUUCCCGAAGGGGGUUCUGCUGCGCUGGUUCCGCGAAUUCUACGAACUAAGCGUCAUUGAGGAGGACGCCUUCCUGCGCUACAAGGAGGACGUCACCGACAUGUACCCGGGCAAGGGUAAGGCGCUAUUCCAGGUGAACCAGUGGCUUACCUGGUUGGCGGAAGCCGAGGACGAAGACGAAGAGGACGAGGAGUAAGCGGAAGUUUCGCAUUUUGUGGCGCUCUUGGAUUCACACGAUGGUUGGAAAGAUUGAUGAUGAUUUCUGAAAUUUAGUAAAAAAAGGCUUAUUUUUAUUGUAUUGUAAAUUCCGAUCGUACCUUUUGUAGUUUUGUUUUGUUGAUUUUAAUUCUGGAUAAAUUUUUGCUCUGGAAGGGAGGAGAAGGAGCUGUUUUUAUACUAGUUGGGGUACUGAUGUUUUUCCUUCCUGGUGUGCGUACCGAGAAUCAUUGAUUGAUGAGUGCGAGGAUCAAACGUUAGCUAAUUAUUUUCGGAUCGGUGUCUUGAUUUGUUUUGUCGCGAAUGGUUGAGAAAAUAGAUACAUAUACACGAACACAAACAGAAACAAACUACCCUCUCCCCACACAUACACACACAAACAUAGUAAACGAUAGCAGUGUAAUUAUAAUAGAAUAAUAUUACAAGAACUCAACCUAUAUAAAAAAUAGAACUGUGAAAUGCAAACAAAAUAGUGUUCUCAGUCCGUCGCAUAGACGACACGAAGGAAACAAAUAGAUCAAUUUGAAUUCGCCACGUGCGAGAGUAAUAGUGAAUCAAUCUAGUUUUUACCGUUGUAAAAUCAGCAUGCGUAAUCAAUCGAUGAAAAGGUUUGUGACGGAUUCUAGUUACUGAAUGGAAGUGCAAUCGAAGCUUCUUGUUGAAACGAAGCAAGAUACGGAAUGAUCCGGCGAAAUGUUUGUAUGUGGCAUUAGAUUCGACUUGUAGUGUAAACAGUUAGCGUUUAAUUUCUGUACAUGAUGCAAAUACAUUAGGCAGAAAGCAAACUAGUGCGUAGGUGAACCAAGUUAGAACUUAAUUAUUCGUCUGCACCGUUGAUUAUUACUCGUUCACUAGUAUCCACUCUGACACAUACACAUGCGCAUUACAGCUCCAGAAAGCAUAUAUAAAAAAAUUGUAUAAUCACUAGAACAGAAGCUAAUCUAUCAUCGCCAAACAAAAUCGGUUAGGAUCCCAUUUUUAUGGCGUCUUUUCCGAAAAAUCCUCAAACUUUUUGUAGAGCAUCAAUUUGCGUUUAUAGUAUGUACGAGUCUUCUUCGAAGGGGAGAAGCAGUCUCCCAACGCCGAUACACGGACGGCCAUUACAGAGUUUCUUGUUAAUAGAAGACUGAAAGGGAAGCAAACGAAACUUGAAUUAAAAUCAUGUUCAAAAAGAUAUCGAUCCAUUAAGAGGUAACAAGUGUAGCUCGUAGGUAGAUUAAAUAUGAAUAUCUAGCUAAUUAUCUAAAUGGACGUAAUUUGAUUUCACCAUCCUUCUCACAAACACACUCCCUUGCCAAGCCUAUGUGUAGUCCACCAUUCGAAAUCGAGCACGCCUUGCAAUCCGAAACACAUGAACUUCCGAGUCAGAACAUAACGCUCUCAAGCUAUGAUUUAUUCCAGCUCCAACAAGAAGCAAACGUUCAUAUUCUCGUUGCGCUGACAAGAACAAAACAACAAUUUAUUAUUUAAAAAAAUUGUGAUUGCUUGCAAUAUAAACUCAUUCGAUAUAGACGAGCGGAUUCAAGAAAAAAGAAAAAAACAUUGUAUUACCAAAAAUGCCAGUCGAGAAUCAACAUUAGAGAGAAGCUGUUUCCGCUGAUUCCGAUGAAACUGGCUAACUAUAUAUCAAAAAUUUACACCAACAACACGCAUAGUUAUACACACAAACAAAAGCAACAACAUAAACUAACAAGCAGAAGCCUCAGAUUGCUCUAUUUCCGGUUCCAAGAUUACCCCCACUAGAAACAUUAAGAUUUAUAAAACAACCAAACGAAAUCCCAAUCCCCCGCUACAACUAAAACCGUACCCGUAUAUAUCAGAUUUGAAGAAAAGCUAAGAAAAACCUAAUUCUAAUAAUAGGAGGAAAGACGCUUCCGAACCCCCGCGCCACCCUCUGGGGAACAAGCGUCUCAGUGAGAUAGACUUGGACUAUAUGUUAGUGUUUCCGAAGCGAAUGAAGAAGGUGCAGAAAAUAUAGUACGAGAAUAUACAACACUAUUAUAACCUUGUAGAGAGCGUGGGACAAAAAAACCUAAAAUCAGAAAUCUAAAGUAACGUAUUGCAAUUCGUAAAAUAUGUUUGAAGAAAAUAAAACAGAAAAAGCAAAAAAAAUGUGAAAAAAUAUCAGAAAAUAACAAAAAUAAAAUCACGAAUUCGACAAACCUCCAAACCAUA